AGUCGCGUUUCAGCCCUCAUCGACCAACGUGGUCUGGGCAACUCAUAGCCAUUAAUGAUACGUCAGAACCACUCAUGUUUGAGGAUUCAGUGAUAAAACAGGACGAAAUUAAAGUGAAAAACUGUAGAUCAUCCCUUGCUCGAUGACACUCAUUUUUUUAUUCUUCAAUAAUCUCCAUCCUGUACCUGAAAAUCUGAAUAUUCUCCAUUUAAAUCAGUGAAUAGACGUGAAAGUUGGUGAAUCAUAGGGGUUGCUGAGAUUGACAGCCAACAAUACAAAAAGUUAAUGUUUCAAUCGCUUCCGGCGAUGUCUCAAUGAUAAUGUGAAAAGUGGAUUAUUCAGUGUAAAAGUGACAAAUAAUAAUUCAAGAAAACGAGUGUUAGUGUAGUCAAUAUCUCAGAGAAUACCAUUAUCCCUCAAAUAUGUGGCAAUAGCAGGCGGAAGGGGACAAAAAAAAUUCUUCCUACCAAGAAUUUUUCAGCUUUGAAACAAUUGUCGGGCUCUUCUGCUGAAAAGGAGCUGCUAGAGAAUCCCACAUCGAACUUGAGAUUUAAUUUCCAGGUGCGGUAAUACCACGAGGAAAAUUUUGGUGGUAAUUUGUGGAGUGGCGCGAGCGUCAGGACAGGAAAGAGAGUGGUCAAUAUGACUCCUAUUUUCCUCGUCCUGUUGGUGGCGAUCAACCCAAUAAUCGCGCAGAAUCAUGGUCCACCCAAAAUCCUGAUGAGGCCACGCUCGCAGCACGUGAAGACCGGAGGCAUUGCAAGUUUCUACUGCAGUGCCCAUGGUGCACCAACACCCCAAAUACACUGGCGCAAGAAUGGCAAGAAAGUUACCUCAUCUCAGUCCCGAUACCAUCCUAAAGCUUACGCAAAUGGCUCGGUACUGAGGAUCGAUCCAGUCAGACCUCAAAGGGACGAAGCAACAUGGGAAUGUGUCGCUGAAAAUGGAGUUGGUGAUGCUGUUACUGCUGAGGCUCAACUUACUGUCCAUGAACCUGAUAAUCUACCAAUUGGAUUUCCACUGAUAACUCAGGCCCCAACAACGAAGGUCGUGGAAAUGGGCCACAAUGCUUUGUUAUCUUGCACAGCAGUUGGCUCACCGACCCCCAUAAUCUCCUGGAUCCGCGACAUGGUACCCAUCAACACAUCGAAUCCUCGAUACGUCGUCCUAGACUCCGGUGCCCUGCAGAUUGAAGCUUCGAAAGUGGAGGAUCAGGGACAAUACGAGUGUGUUGCUAAUAAUACAGCUGGCACUGAGUAUUCCGGAGCCAUUCAGCUUUACGUCAGAGUGAGGCGUCUCCCACCAAGCUUUUCAAUCCGUCCACCCGCCGUUAGUGAGGUAAUGAUGGGAGCAUCACUCAAUCUGACCUGCGUAGCUGUUGGCUCCCCAAUGCCAUAUGUCAAGUGGAGGAAAGAACCGGCUACUGAUAUGACUCCUGAUGACAAGCUUCCCAUUGGAAAAAAUCUUCUCAUCCUUUCGGAUAUUAAGGAGUCAGCGAAUUACAGCUGCAUUGCUGCUAGCGAUCUUGGAGUCAUUGAGACUGUAUCGUCUGUUAGAGUCCAAUCCCUUCCUGGAGCUCCUGAAAAUGUCCAGGUCUCGGAAAUUACAGCCACGUCUGUGAAACUCACGUGGUCCUAUAAACGUCCUGAUGAACUACAGUAUUACGUCAUUCAACAUAAGCCCAAACAAGCUAAUCAGGCAUUCGCUGAGAUUUCUGGGAUCACGACAAUGUACUAUCACAUUAGGAAUCUUAGCCCCUACACUGAGUACGAGCUCUAUGUAAUCGCUGUUAAUUCAAUUGGACGGGGUCCCCGAAGUCACCCUGUAUUUGUCACUACUGGUGAAACAAGACCGGGUUCAGCACCGCGUAAACUUCAAGUUCGCCCGCUGAGUUCAAGUACCAUGAUUAUACAGUGGGAAGAACCGGAAACGCCAAACGGCCAAGUGACGGGCUACAAGGUUUACUAUACGACUGAUUCCAAUCAGCCAAUGGCCUCGUGGCAUUCACAAGUUGUGAAUAAUAAUCAAUUGACCACGAUAUCUGAACUCAUACCUCACACAAUGUACACAAUACGCGUGCAAGCACUUACUAGCGUUGGUCCCGGACCACUGAGCCAACCGAUACAAAUAAAGACGCAACAAGGGGUGCCAAGCCAGCCGGAAAAUCUUUCCGUGGUCGAUAUUGGGGAAACCUCGGUGACGCUCCGAUGGAGCAAGCCAGCUCAUAGCGCUGAAAAUAUUCUCAGUUAUGAGCUAUACUGGAAUGACACUUAUGCUAAGGAGAAACAUCAUCGCAGAAUACCAGUCACAGAGAACUACACCCUCAUCGGGCUGUACCCAAACACACUCUACUACGUAUGGUUAGCCGCUAGAAGCCAGAGGGGCGAGGGUGCAACAACUAUACCAUAUGAAGUUCGCACCAAGCAGUACGUACCCGGGGCUCCGCCUCGGAAUGUAACUGGACGAGCGAUCAGCACAACUGCCAUUGAAGUAUCAUGGGAACCACCGCCAAAUGAAAGCACCAAUGGAAAGAUCGCUUACUACAAACUUCAGGUGGUGGAAACAGGGCGUUCUGAUUCGGAGGCCCGUCUUAUCAGACUCAGUGACACCAAAUUCACAUUGGACGAGCUGAAAAAAUGGACGACAUAUCGUAUCUGGGUGGCUGCUGGAACCAGCGUAGGUGAUGGGCCACCGAGUUAUCCUAUCACUGUCAGAACCUACGAGGACGUGCCAGGGAAUCCUCAAGACGUCAAAGCAACAGCCAUAAAUUCAACAACCAUUAGAGUCGAGUGGAAGCCACCACGUGUCAAGGACCAAAAUGGCGUAAUUCGAGGAUAUCAUGUUCAUGUGCAAGAAGUUAGAGAAGAGGGCAAGGAUUUACUGAACGAACCCAUACGACGAGACGUCCAUGAAGAGGGAGUACUGGCAAUCAAUAUUACUGGCCUCCAGCCAGACACCAGCUACCACGUACAGGUUGCAGCAUUGACCAGAAAGGGCGAUGGGGAUCGUUCGCCUCCAGCGAAAGUUAGGACUCCCGGGGGAGUACCAAAUCGUCCACAAGUUAAUGUGAAAGUUAGCAAACAGGAUCCAAUAACACUUGAGCUUGAAUGGGCUACACCAACGCAAGCUGCCGGCCAAUUAAUUGGCUAUAGAGUAAAAUAUGGAAUUAAAAAUCACACACUCAAAGAAGAAAUAAUAAACAAUACUCAUCAAUACACUUACAAAAUCAAGGAUGUAGAGCGUGGAGUGCAUUAUGAAUUUCGGGUAGCUGGUGAGAAUGACAAUGGUGUAGGUCAGGAAACAGUGAAAUAUUGGGUGAGUCCCGAGGGUGAGCCAACGGGACCCCCCACAAAUCUGUCAUAUGACUUCCAAACGCCUGAUAUUGUAUGUGUCAGUUGGCAUCCACCAAAACGUGAGCACAGAAAUGGUCAGAUUAUUCAUUACGACGUUGAAUUUCACAAGAAAAAUGAUCACAGUUCGAUCGAAAGUAGAAAUACAACUCAAACAAGAGCAGUAUUCACUAAUCUAGAGGAAGCUACUGAAUAUGUAUUUCACGUGAGAGCUCGUACGUCACGUGGUGCCGGUCCUUAUUCGGAAAAAAUAACAAUUCUAACGGAGAAGGAUAUUGGUCGAGCGCCCAUGGAUGUGAGAGCAAUAGCAACAUCAGAAUCCAAUGUCGAAGUUUGGUGGGAGCCUGUACCAAAUCGUGAUAAAAUCAUAGGCUACAAAAUUUUCUACACGAUGACUGCUGUUGAGGAUUUGGACGAGUGGAAGCAAAAGCUCGUUGGUAUGACUGAGGCUACGGAUUUGGAGAAUUUAGAGCGUGAUACUGAAUACGCUAUUGCAGUGGCAGCAAGAUAUAAGGGUAGAAUGAUGGAUACAUUGGGUAGGCUUAGUCAAAAAGUGACAGUUAAAGUUAAACCAGAGGAUGUACCCCUUAAUCUACGUGCUUCUGACACAUCAACACACUCAAUGACACUAUCAUGGACACCGCCGAUAAGACUGAACCCCAUAAACUACAAGGUAUCCUUUGAUGCCGUUAAGGAGUUUGUUGAUUCUCAGGGAAUAACGCAAAUGCAAAUUGUACCUCGUAGAGUUAUAACUCUCGAUCCACAAGCAACUGCAACGACAAUCGAUGAACUACAGCCAUUUACAACUUACAAUGUUAACGUUAGUGCUGUACCACCGGACUCAUCGUACAAACCACCAGCUAAAAUAACAGUUACAACACAAAUGGCAGCACCAAAACCCAUGGUUAAACCGGAUUUUUAUGGUGUUGCUAAUGGAGAGACUAUACAAGUUAUCUUACCACAAGCAUCUGAGGAAUAUGGACCAAUUGCGUAUUACUACUUAAUCGUUGUGCCGGAGGAUAAGUCUACGGCUAACAAACAACCGGAUGAAUUUACUGAGGAUAUGAUUACGGAAAAGGGGGCCAAACAUGAUAAGGAAACAGCACCCUAUACUGCAGCUAAAUUCUCACACAGAGCCAUUCCAUAUACAUUCCAUUUGGGGAGCAAUGAGGAGAUUGGAGGUUUUGUAAAUAAAAAAUUGGAGCCCAAGAAAAAGUACAGAAUAUUUGUGAGGGCUAUUGUCGAUACGCCUAAAAAGCACUUGUAUACGUCGUCACCAUUCUCCGAGUAUCUUUCCCUGGACAUGAGAGAGGUACCACCUGGCGAACCACCGAGCAGACCAAAUCCCGAUAAUCCAGUUGAUGGCAAUCCAGAAAUUUCCGUAACAAACAGCGGUCAAGAGCCCGGUAUGGUAUGGGUAGUUGGUCCUAUAAUAGCAGCAUUAAUGGUCAGCGUUUGUCUCGUACUACUAUUCGUUAUAAAAAAACGUAGACAACCGUGCAAAGCACCCGAUCAGGCAGCUGUCACGAGGCCCCUCAUGGCAGCAGACAUAAGCUCAAACCAUGCACCGUCAGAUCCCGUGGAGAUGAGGCGACUAAACUUUCAAACUCCCGGCAUGAUAUCCCAUCCACCAAUUCCUAUCAGUGAACUUGGUAAUCACAUCGAACGUCUCAAGGCCAAUGACAAUCUUAAAUUUAGUCAGGAGUAUGAGUCAAUCGAACCAGGACAGCAAUUUACAUGGGAUCACUCUAACAUGGAAGUUAAUACAUCGAAAAAUCGUUAUGCCAAUGUUAUUGCUUACGAUCACUCACGAGUUAUUUUACAAACAAUCGAUGGAAUACCGGGAUCCGAUUACAUUAAUGCCAAUUACUGCGAUGGAUAUAGAAAGCAAAAUGCCUAUGUUGCAACCCAGGGCCCAUUGCAGGAGACAUUCUCCGAUUUUUGGCGAAUGUGUUGGGAAUUACGAACAAGUACAAUUGUGAUGAUGACAAAAUUGGAAGAGCGUACGAGAAUAAAGUGCGAUCAAUACUGGCCGACUCGUGGCUCAGAAACUUACGGCCAAAUGACUAUUACGAUAAGUGAUAUCCAAGAAUUAGCAACUUAUUGCAUCAGAACAUUUCAAGUUGGCAGAUCGGGCUAUUCUGAGAGACGAGAGAUUAAACAAUUACAAUUCACAGCUUGGCCGGAUCACGGUGUACCAGAGCAUCCAGCUCCAUUCCUUCAAUUUUUACGUCGUGUUAGAACUCUCAAUGUACCAGAUUCCGGACCCCUCGUUGUUCAUUGCAGUGCUGGUGUCGGUAGAACUGGUUGUUUCAUCGUUAUUGAUUCCAUGCUGGAGAGAAUAAAACAUGAAAAAAUGAUUGAUAUUUAUGGUCACGUAACGUGUCUACGUGCUCAACGUAAUUACAUGGUACAGACUGAGGAUCAGUACAUAUUCAUUCAUGAUGCACUUUUUGAGGCAGUGAUAUGUGGAAAUACCGAGGUACCAGCGCGUAAUUUACAUUCCCAUAUACAAAAACUUAUGCAACCUGAAUUGGAUAAUAUCACUGGUAUGGAGCUUGAAUUUAAAAAAUUAUCAAAUAUUAAGGCAGAUUCAACUCGAUUUAUUUCGGCUAAUUUACCAUGCAAUAAACACAAAAAUCGAUUGGUACACAUAUUGCCUUAUGAAUGUACGAGAGUAUGUCUACAGCCACAACGUAAUAUCGAGGGAUCGGAUUAUAUUAAUGCAAGUCUCAUCGAUGGUUAUCGUUAUCGUGGUGCAUAUAUUGCCACUCAGGGACCGUUGAACGAUACAACUGAUGAUUUUUGGCGUAUGCUUUGGGAGCAUAAUUCAACAAUAGUAGUUAUGCUUACUAAAUUGAAAGAAAUGGGAAGGGAAAAGUGUCAUCAGUAUUGGCCGUCUGAUCGUUCAAUUCGCUAUCAGUGUUUUGUUGUCGAUCCAAUAGCGGAAUACAACAUGCCCCAGUAUAUACUGAGAGAAUUUAAAGUGACUGAUGCACGUGAUGGUGCUAGUCGUACUGUCAGACAAUUUCAAUUUAUCGAUUGGCCAGAGCAGGGUGUACCAAAGUCGGGUGAUGGUUUUAUUGAUUUCAUUGGACAAGUGCAUAAAACUAAAGAACAGUUUGGACAGGACGGUCCUAUUACUGUGCAUUGCAGUGCUGGUGUUGGAAGAACCGGUGUUUUUAUCACACUCAGCAUUGUUCUCGAGCGUAUGCAGUAUGAGGGAGUCGUCGAUAUCUUCCAAACUGUUAGGAUACUUCGUACACAGCGUCCUGCUAUGGUUCAAACUGAGGACCAAUAUCAGUUUUGCUAUCGUGCCAGUUUGGAAUAUUUAGGAUCAUUCGAUCAUUACGCCAACUGACAACCAGAAACACGCGAGUUCAGAGAACCAACGAGAGAUCGGGGUGAGCGCCAUAUUAGGAGCAGGGAGAGCACUGGAGAACGGGCAAAAGUUCGACGUGUUUGAACAGAUAAAAAUUCAGCGAAAAUCUGAAAAGGACAGGACAACAAUUGAAAAUCACUCCUGAUUAAAUAAAUAUCGAGCUUCAUCUCUGAGUGAUGUCCCCCACCCACUCCCCUCACGCAAAGCAGCACAUUUACCGGCAUAAUCGUUGUGUUUUGCUAACUCGCUAGGAGAGACAAUGAGUGAAUGGUAGUUAUAGCGUUUUUUAACUGCUGUAUUUUGCAGUGUCAGACGGCUAAUGGUUGUAAUGAGAAUAGAAAAGAAAAACAAGAAAAUGGGUAAUGAAAAUAAGUAUUGUCUAUUGCUCGUGUGAUUUUCCGGCAGCUCGCAAUUACCAAAUGGAAAUUUUCAUUCUCACUCAUUUGUAGGGGUUUCGAAGAAUAACGCUGUAGGAAAAAUUUUUACUCAAAUUAACAAUUUACUAGGACAAAAAUUAAUUAAAAAUAGCACAAAAAAUAUUUCCAAUUAGUUUAAAAAGAGAAAUCGGUUGAUUAUUAAUGCCGAAUUAAGACUGCCAUUUGGAGUACGUGUCUGUCGAUUUCAAAAUGCAAAAUCCGUUGUUAUACAAUACGACGUCACGUGGUAUUUUCAGUUUUAAUAUGCGUCUUACGAUUUUUUCCGAGCAAAAAAAUACAGAAAAACAUAAAAAAUCACAUCCGUCUUAAAUAUUUCUUCUGAGUUACGAAUAACGUCACAAUCAUUUAUUGUAAAUGCAUUAAAUUAGAUGAAAAUGGCAGAAAGACUCAGUGGUAUUAUGUGUCUGAAUGUCAAUCGAGUUGGAACAUAUCGGAAUAUAAAAAAUCAUUAUUGCAAUUUCGAAGUCUCUGCUUGAACCGGAAAAAAAAUGGAAAAAAUGGAAUUAUGCGAAAAUUUCAUGAGAAACAAUUACACGCGCAUCUAAUGUAACGCGCUAUUAAUUUUAAGGUAGGCUGACGUUGAUAACUAUUAUCCAACUUUUAAUCUACGUCCUCAUACCCGUUGUGCCGUUUUUUCCACCAAUUACAUUUGACUUCUAGCGAGAGAAGAGAAAAAACUUGAUAACAAAAACUAUUUAUAAGCAUUCUGCCACGUGAAGAAAAUUUACAACUAGAAAAGUACUUACCCACGGUAAGAAUGCUUGAAUACAGUGAAGAAUUGCAAAAUGAAAGAAUAGACUCAAUCCAGCGCUCGUACUAUGCUCUACGAAGAGGAAAAAUACAAGAGAGAAUAUUGCCAAAUAGUGGCAAUUAUCAAGUAUCCUCAAAUCAAUGUGUAUCUGACAAUCCCUGUUCCGUUUUUUCAGGGAAUCUUUAUAAUUGAACAACGUCAGAGUAAUGAAAAUUUCCGCUCACUGACAUGUAAAAGAACAUUUUUUUAAAUUACGUACUGCCAAAAAUGACAAUUAUCAAAUGCUACAUUCUUUCCAAUCGUUGCGAAGAACGAACAUAUCGAUUGGAAACAAUUCUGAUUACACUACCAUUAAAAAAAAUUACCUAGCGAUAAGGACGUUGUAAGUUUAGAGAUUAAGAGAUUUUAAUGCCAUUAGGUUUGAACCGAUGAAACAAAAAAAACAAAAUGCGAACUUGAAUGAAUGAACGUGAACGGUGCCUAUUAUGUAUGUAAUGGAAUGAAAAUUCCAUACUGAGCGCAGCACAUGUCUGUGAAAAGAAAAUAAUUCGGAUAAGAGCACUGUAUGUUAAAAUGCACGCAAUGUUCUCCUGUGGCCCUUAUACCGCAAUGUACAAAGCUCCGACGUUAACUAAUCACUUACAUACCCUUCCUUAAUUAUUCAUUACUUUAUUCGAUGAAAAAAAAAACUAAAAAUAUAUACGAUCGAUACACGGUAUGUCGAAGUGAAGUAAAAGAAGAAGAAAACUUGUUCAUUGUCUUAGUGACCUGACCAUUACUUUUAAUGCCAAUCCAAUUACAGGAAUUACCAAUCCUAGAUCUUUUGAUAUUCGAGAGUAAAAAUAAAACGAGAAGAAAUAAAAAAAAUCUUUAAACCCAUUAAAUAUUUCAAAAUAAUAUUAAAAACAUUUUUAAAAUCCUUUAGCCUGUACGGACAAUAAAUAAAUACUCAUUUAUAUUCCCCAGUUUUUGAAAUUUAUAUCGUUAGUUUAUUGCUGGUAUUUCAAUGGGCUAUUGACAUUCAAAUUACCCAAGGAAUUUCACGUACUCGAGAUUAUACGUUACUCAUUGCAUCAGAAAUUAUUUCCUGAAAUUGGCUUGGUGAUGCUUUUUAAACAAAACGCUUGAGAUUAAAAGAGUUGUACAUUGAAAUUUAUUUUUCUCCCAUGAUCCAAUGAAAUACUUCCAUUGAAAUUUCACUCAUUUAUGACCGUAAUUUAAUAUUGCCCUAUAUAAGACUUGUGCUAUAAUUGAAGAUCGUACCUAUUUUUAAAGAGUAAGAAAAAAAACUUUAAGCGGAAUCACAAGGGCCGGGAAUUUGCGAUUAUGUGUACAUAAAUGCACCGUCUGUCAUUGGGUAGAAUCGAACACGAAUAAGUAAUAAGCAUUUAUUCUAAAAAUAUGAAAAUGAAGAAUCUACAAUGAAAAAUCACGAACGUGCGCAUAUUUUGACAGUCUAUCCAGGAUUGUGAGUGUUCGAGGCGUUGAAUGGAAAAAUGAUACAAAAAAAUGACAGGUACAUUUAUUUUCAAUCCGUCUCCUCCCUCCCCCUGCCCCUCGUCUCACCCAAUUUGACUCGUGACGUCUAGUUUUAUUUAAAACAAUUUUUUAUAUUUAAUAAAAUGAUCUUUUUUACAUAUUUUUUAUGAAAAGAAAAAUACUGCAUUUAAUAUGCUACGUGACUUAAGAAGAAAGAAGAGGAAAUUUAGUUUUUAGAUUUCGAGGAAAUCGGAAGCCGUCUAUUAAUGUGCAGCUAGACAAUUCACUGAUUUAUUAGAAAAAUUAUUUUUUUAAUCCCUCAAAUUUUUCAUUACUUAAUUUCUUUUAUUUGUAUUUCGAUAUAUUAUUUGUUUGUGGUAUUAUAACUAUAUUAAUUAUUUAAUAACAAAAUCCACGUUGCGUCAAUGAAAUUGUUGCUUUGGAAAUUUAUUUUCAACAUUAAUUGAAAGGAUCUUUUUCUCCCGCGCAACUUAAUAAAUUAUUUAAUUAUUUCAUUUGAAUAAGUAAGUGAAAGUUUAUACAUUCCAACCCGUACUGGUAUUCUUAAAAUCCUCUGAUAAUUGUAAGUUCCAUGAAUUGUCACAUUACCGGAGGAUUUUAAAUCUUUCUAAGCAACAAUUUCAAUCCUCUUUAUUUAACAUGUCAUGUUCAGCAAAUUUUUCAUUACAUUGAGUCUCGAGCUAUCUAUUAAACAUCUCAGAAUCGUGUUGCAUUAAAAAAUUUAUCGUCAGAAGACACAAAUAUUAUUGUUAUUAUAGUUGCUGAAGACAAAUUCUAACUGUUCCAUUUCUCAACGAAUAUAAAUGCGUAAAAAAGUUGUAUCAGAUUAAUUUUUUUUAAGCGAAAUGAACUUUCUCGUUAUGAAUGUAUCAUUUAGUAUGUAAAUUAUUAACGUUACUGAAUUUUUGUACCUUAAAUAAGAACAUAUUUCAGUGCAUAUUUUGAAUAAUUUUACAUCGUAAUUUUUUCGAAUCGAUAGCGAAAAAAGAAGAGUAAAAAACAGAAUGUAUAGAAGUUAGUGGUUUGUUGUAUUCUUGUUUUUAAAAAAACCGCACGAUAUUUACCUUCGGUACUCUGACAUGUCACUGCAUGUCCAUAAACCAUCGUUAGCCUAUACAAAUCUUUUUCCAAAUGAAAUAGGCAGCAUUUAAUAACAUGUACAGUGAUAGCAUGAUUCGGUAAAAAACGAAAUAAAUUCACUUGAGAGGAGAAAAAAAUUUAAUGGGGAAAAAAUGAAAUUAUGUCAAAUACUGAAGAACGUUGAGAUAAUGGGAAAUUAUUUUGUGAUACUUUCUUGCCAGAAAGAAUACAACAGGCUGAGGCAGAAAAAAAAUAGUAAAUACAAUGUUACUAAUUGAUUAUUACAAACAAAUGAGAGAUAAAAAAACGGAAUAAUAAUUAUUGUGGAAUAGGAUGAUUCAAUGGACAAGGAGAAAUACCAUGUACAUUAUGUAUUGCCUGGUGGCAUAGAAUAGAAACUAACAAUGUAAAUUUUUAUUGUUUAUCAUUUAUUUGGAACAUAAAAUUUCCUCCUACAUCCUUGUGAACAGAACAUCAGCAGCGAUCCAGACAAUUAUUCAUGAAAUCAGUCAAAACCUGGUUACAAAACGUAUCGUGACAGGAGCAAACACUUAGAAAUAGUAUGUACAAAAAAAAAUUGCAAAUUAAAUAAU